AUGAUGACAAACUGUAUUAAAAAUCGAAUUUCGAGUAAACUUUAAUAUAAAAUCUAACAAAUUGGUAGCAAUCAUAAACAAAAGAGAUUUUGAAAGUUGGAAUUUGGAAAGUUGGAAACGUAUGAAAAAUAAAUAGAUUUAACUAAAAAUUGCAGAUAGAUAAUAUAAUAUACUAUAAUAUCAUCAGAGUAAGUGAUCAAAAUUUCGAACGUAGUUUAGAAACAGAUUAAUCACAAAAUUUCUAAUUCACACAAAAUCUAUUCGACUUUCACGAUUAAUCCGCUGCCAAUCUAUUAUUAUAGGCUCAAUAGUUAACUGCAUAUCCGUUUAAUUUUCAAAUCUGCAAUCAUAUAUAUUUUCUAUUCUUGCUCGAGUUUGUUAUAUUAUAUGUGUGUUAAAUUAUCUCUGUAUAUAAGUUCUUUUAAUUAUCUGCAGACAGAUGUACUUGUAUCAGUGUAGUUGAUAACGUUCCUGAGCAAAUAUUUGUGUGAGAUAAGACAAACGGUUUAAACGCGCGUAGCGCAGCGCGGGGAGACGGUUCGCAGAUGUCGUUCAGACUCGAGACAGUUAUCGCAUUGUUAUUGCCGCAUUAUUGUACAUACAAGUAUAGUGCGAAUAAUUCACGACGAUGAUAAACUUAAUAAUUACCGACAUGGAAGUGUGGGAUAUAAGAUUUCCCACAUCAGAGAAAAAAGAUGGAAGUGAUGCAAUGCAUCCUGAUCCUGAUUAUUCCUGUACGUACGUAGUGCUCAAAACUAACCAACAACGUUAUAAAGGAUAUGGUCUUACGUUUACUCUAGGGAGAGGAAAUGAAAUUGUGGCGGAAGCAUGUCACUCCCUGUUCCCGUUAGUAAAAGGCCAUACUACAACAAAAAUUUAUAGUGGCUUUGGAAUCUUCUGGAGAAAGUUAACAAGCGAUUCGCAGUUGAGAUGGAUUGGACCCGAGAAAGGUGUCGUGCACCUAGCUACGGCAGCCAUCGUAAACGCAUUGUGGGACCUGUGGGCACGUAUCGAAGAUAAACCUGUAUGGAAGCUUCUGGUAGACAUGACACCGGACGAACUUGUCUCGACCAUGGAUUUCAGAUACAUUAGAGACACGGUGACUGAGGAGUACGUGAAAGGCAAGCUGAAACAAAACGAGCCGCGUAAAAAGGAACUUGAAGAGACGAUUCGGCAAACGGGAUAUCCGGCGUACACAACUCAGGCCGGAUGGUUGGGCUAUACCGACGAAAAAGUUGAAGAACUUUGUAGAAAAUCCGUUCAAGACGGUUUCAAAGGUUUCAAAUUGAAAGUAGGGAGGAAUCUGGCGGACGAUAUGAGAAGGUGCAAAAUAGUACGGGAAGUCAUAGGCUACGAGAACAAACUGAUGCUAGAUGCGAAUCAAGUUUGGGAUGUGGAUGAAGCGAUAACUUGGAUGGAAAUGUUAGCGAAAUAUUCUCCUUUCUGGAUAGAGGAACCGACGUCUCCCGAUGACGCUUUGGGACACGCCGAGAUACGAAAGAAGUUGAAAACUCACGAUAUCGGAAUAGCUAGUGGCGAAAUGUGCGCAAAUCGCAUUGUGUUCAAGCAAUUCCUGAAAUGUAACGGGAUGGACUUUUGUCAAGUCGAUGCAGCGAGGAUCGGCGGGGUUAACGAGCUCCUAGCUGUGUACUUUAUGGCAGAAAAGGCAGGAGUACCAGUUUGCCCGCAUACCGGUGGAGUAGGCCUGUCUGAGAUGAUUCUACACCUUCAGAUAUGGGACUACAUUUGCUUAAGUCAGACCGAUGAAAAUCGCAUGAUAGAAUAUGUAGAUCAACAGCAUGAGCACUUUCGAUAUCCUAACGAAGCAUCACACGGCGUGUACCAAGUGCCUAUGGCUCCUGGAUAUUCGACUGAACUAAAACAAGAGUCCAUUCAGGACUUUAUUUAUUCAACUAGUAACUCGUCUCAACGAUUCCAAGAUUUAAUGAUGCAAAAGAAGAUGAAGAAAAUUAAACGAGUUGAAACUUCACUAACAGAAAAAAAAGAAGAAAAACAAACGGAUGAAAAAAAAGAUGAAACAAAUUAAAUAAAUAAAUGAACCUAUAUAAAAUUCGUUUUCGUAAAAAUAAUGUGCAUGAAAGCAAUAUAUUUGUUUUAACAAGAGUUGUCAAAUGUAUCUACAUUGUUUACUAUCUAAUACGAAAACAAUCAUGUAACAAUCAUUUCUUAAUUUAGGAUCUGUUUCUGAUCAAUCUAAUAGAUCUUACAAUAAAUAUUAUUAUUUGUACAGUUAUUGAAUAAUAGUCCAUCAUCAUGUGCAAGC